AUGUCCUUGUGUGAAAUUCCAAGUGAGAUUCGCAAUCUCAUUAGGUUGGAGAAAUUCAAUGCAAGGCAUAUGCACUUAAGUGGGCAGAUUCCACUUUCCAUCUUCAAUAUUUCUUCAUUGAGAAUAAUUUAUCUUCAUAACAAUAGUCUAUCAGGUAAAUUACCAUGCAUGAGCUUGGAUUCAAAUCUUGAGGAGCUUUUCUUAUGGGGUAAUUAUCUUAGUGGAAAUAUUUCUGAUUGUAUCUCUAAUGCUUCGAAGCUCAAAAUUCUAAACUUGAAUCAAAACUCGUUCAUUGGCCUUAUUCCCAAUACACUUGGAAAUUUACGUUUCCUUGAGGUCCUACGCCUUUGGUCAAACCAUUUAACUACCAAAACUCCAAAUCAUGAGUGGAGCUUUCUUUCUUCAUUGGCAAACUGCAAGAAUUUAAGGGUCUUAGAGAUAUCAUUCAAUCCAUUGAAUGGCAUUCUUCCAACUUCUAUCUUGAAUCUUUCUGCAUCACUUCAACGUUUUGUAGCUGAUGAUUGCAAAAUUAAAGGUUUCAUUCCUAUGGAAAUCGGUAGCUUAAGCAACAUUAUGGUUUUAAGUCUUUCGCAAAAUGAAUUAAGUGGAUCUAUUCCAGCAACAAUAGGAAGGCUACAAAAUGUCCAAGGCUUGUAUCUUAAUGGUAAUAAAUUACAAGGCCCUAUUCCAGACAGUGUCUGUCAUUUGGAGAAAUUGAGCUAUUUAUCAUUGAGUGCUAAUAUGCUUCAAGGACCUAUACCCCAUUGUUUGGGUGAUUUGACUUUUCUCAGAAACCUGUACUUGGAUUCCAACAAAUUGCAUUCGACGAUACCUUUCACUUUUUGGAGCCUUAAAGAUAUAUUGAAAGUAGACUUGUCUUCAAAUUAUCUUAAUGGUUCACUUCCACUAGAUAUUGGAAAUUUGAAGGUACUAACAAAUUUGAAUUUGUCAAGAAAUCUAUUUUCAAGUGAUAUUCCAAUCACAAUUGGAGGUCUCAAUGGUCUACAAAUUUUAUCACUAUCUAGCAACAGGCUACAAGGUCCUAUUCCUCAGUCAUUAGGUGACAUGUUCAGUUUGGAAACCUUGGAUUUGUCUAAUAACAAUUUGUCUGGAAUCAUUCCCAAGUCUUUGGAAAGACUUUCUUAUCUCAGAUACUUUAAUGUGGCUUUCAAUAGAUUGGAAGGAAAAAUCCCCAAUGAAGGAUGCUUUCAAAACUUCACGACUAAAUCAUUCAUGCAUAAUUAUGCACUUUGUGGUUCACCUCAACUACAAGUCCCUCCUUGCAAAAACAUCACCCAUCGAUUAUUGAAGACAACCUUAAUGCAUGUUUUAAGGUAUGUUUUACCAAUAAUUGCUUCAAUAAUGGUGAUACUUACCUUCAUUAUUGUUUUAAAAAAAUUCCAGAAUCGAAGUACAAGUCUUCCAAUGAAUGAAGGUUUAACUCUGGAAAUACAUAGUAGAAAUCUGUAUAAUAGACUUCUACAAGCGACUGAUAGAUUCAAUGAAGGAAACUUGCUUGGUUCUGGGAGUUUUGGCUCUGUAUAUAAAGGAGCAGUUUCAAAUGGGAGAAAUGUUGCCAUAAAAGUCUUUAAUUUGCAAUUAGAAGGAGUAUUCAAGAGUUUUGAUGUUGAAUGUGAAGUGAUGCAAAGUAUACUUCAUCGCAAUCUUGUCAAGGUUAUUAGUUUUUGCUCUUGUAAUGAUUUCAAAGCCUUAGUGCUUGAAUUCAUGCCUAAUGGGAGCCUCGAGAAAUGGUUAUAUUCGAACCAUUGUUUCUUGGAUAUCCUUCAACGAAUCAACAUAAUGAUAGAUGUUGCAUCAGCGUUAGAAUACCUCCAUUUGGGACAUCCAAAUCCUAUAAUCCAUUGUGACCUAAAACCAAGUAAUGUUUUACUUGAUAGAGACAUGGUUGCACAUGUGGGAGAUUUUGGCAUUGCCAAAAUGUUGGGAGAAGUAGAAACUAUGAAACAAACCAUGACACUUGCCACUAUUGGAUAUAUGGCACCAGAAUAUGGAUCGGCGGGAAUUGUUUCUGUAAAAAGUGAUGUUUAUAGUUAUGGUAUUUUAUUAAUGGAAACUUUCACAAGAAGGAAACCCACAAAUGAAAUUUUUGUUGGAGAAAUGAGUAUGAAGCAUUGGGUGAAAGAGUCACUAUCUAAUGGAAUAAUUGGUGUUGCUGAUUCUAGUUUAUUGAGAAAUGAGGAAAACCAUUUCAUGGUUAAAGCAAAUUGCAUAGCAUCCAUUAUGGGAUUAGCUUUGGAUUGUUCAGCUGAAUUACCUGAAGAAAGGAAAGAUAUGAAGGAUGUUGUUUGCAUACUUAAGAAGAUCAAAAUAAUGUAUUUGAACAACAUUAGGAAAGUUUAAUAUGAUUCAAGGCUACAACUACUGGAAUACAUAUUUUGGGUCCAUAUUGAAGGAGGAGAGCCUUCCUGUAAA